UUCAAUUGUGGAAAGAACGAGAACGAGGUACUCAAGGGUCUCGGUGGAGGAAGCAGAUCAUGGAUAGUAUCUAGUAAAGAUCAAUUCCCCCCAGAUCUGCGAGCAUGAGUCCCACGAAGAUCCUCUGUGUCGCUGAGAAGCCGGCCAUAGCGAAGGCGGUGGCCCAACAUCUCUCCGGUGGAUCUGUACGAACAAUCCCCAUUCGUGGGAACCCGUACGUCAAGAACUAUGUGUUCGACUUCAACUUCGGUGCGCCAUGGGGCAACUGUGCGGUCACCAUGACGAGCGUACUUGGUCAUCUGACGAAACUGGAGUUCGAAAAGCAGUACAGGGGCUGGCAGUCAUGUCUGCCGGAAUCCUUGUUCGAAGCUCCGGUAUUCGAGUUGGUAGAAGAUGAUAAAAAAGCAAUUGCAAAGAACAUCCAGGAACAGGCCAGGUACUGCCAGGCUUUGUUCAUCUGGACGGACUGUGAUCGAGAGGGCGAACACAUCGGGACGGAGAUCCGGAAGCAUGCAAAAAAGGGCAAUGCGCGGAUCGUGGUCAAACGGGCUAAAUUCAGCAACACCGAGAGGGCCCAUAUCUUGAAUGCGGCGCGCGCCUUGAUCGAGUUGGAUGACCUCCAGGCGAAUGCGGUGGCGGCUCGUACCGAACUCGACCUACGGAUCGGUGCGGCGUUUACGCGGCUAUUGUCUAUUCAGCUGCAACCGCUGACAGAGGCCUUGGCUAACAAAGUCAUAAGUUAUGGGUCCUGUCAAUUCCCCACGCUGGGGUUCGUCGUGGAUCGUUAUCUCCGGGUGAAGAACUUCAAGCCAGAAAAGUUCUGGGGCAUCAAAGUGAUGCACACUCGAGAAGAUAUCAAAGUCAACUUUCUUUGGAAGAGAGUCCAUCUCUUCGACAGAGCGGUUGUGACGGUGAUGCUGGAGCGAUGCUUGAUGGCCAAGAAUGCCAAAGUCACCAAGGUGAACCAAAAGCCCACAAGCAAGUGGCGGCCAUUGCCCCUGACCACCGUGGAUUUACAAAUGAUGGGAAGUCGAUACCUUCGCAUGGACAGUCAGGCCAUUAUGAAGGCUGCCGAAUCGCUCUAUACCAAGGGCUUCACCAGUUAUCCACGUACUGAAACUGAUCAGUUCGACAAAGGAAUUGACCUGAAGAAAUUGAUCGAAAAGCAAUUUCCGGACAACAAUUGGGGCCAAUACGCCCGAGGACUCCUCGAUGGUGGAUUCAGAACCCCUCGAGCCGGGCGCCAUAAUGAUCAUGCCCAUCCGCCCAUCCAUCCUAUCUGUUGGGUCGCCCCGACGGCUUUAAACGCGGAUGAAAAAAAAGUGUACGAAUUUAUCACCCGGCGAUUCCUCGCCUGCUGCUCCGAAGACGCCAAGGGUCACAGUUCAGAGGUCGAGAUCGAGUACGGGGAUGAAUUGUUUCACGCCAAGGGUUUGACUGUGCUAGAGCGAAACUACCUUGAUGUAUACGUCUACGACAAGUGGGAGAGCAGUCAACAGCUUCCCAACUUCCGCGUGGGCGAACUCUUCGAACCCACAGAAGCCAAGAUCUUCGACGGCCAAACAACGGCCCCCAACUACCUGACAGAGCCAGAGCUCAUCGGCCUUAUGGACGCCAACGGAAUUGGCACGGACGCUACGAUGGCCGAGCACAUCGCCAAGAUCAAAGACAGAGAAUAUGUCGUGGUACACACGCGCGGCAGUGGCCGAAAUGCCGCAAAAGUAUUCAUUCCCACCUGGCUGGGAAUUGCCUUAGUCGAGGGGUACGACAAUAUUGUUUCUGGACUGCCGGAUAGUCCCUCGCUCAGCAAGCCGUUCCUACGCAAGGAGAUGGAGAGUCGGAUGCGGGAUAUCUGCGCUGGCGCCAUGACGCGCCACGACGUUGUACACGAGAGCCUGGAUAAGUACCACGAGGUGUUCAUCCAUACCGUACGGCGCAUUAAUAUGCUGAAGGACGCUAUUCGAAAGUAUUCGAGUCAAAUUGGCGCGUCGUGAUACUUUAGCCAUUGUGUCUUGCAGGGCUACGUGGAGUUGGUUUAGGCUAGG